GAGAGGCCGAAAAAUGCUCAAGUUUCAUCUAUGAAACUCCCUACUUCAACGAAGUCAAGUCAGCACGUAAAUAAUUAAUUGUGAAUUUAAUUAUAGUAAUUGUUCGUCAUAAUCAAUCCUCUGAGAACGAGAUUUUUUUUGUAAAUCCUAUUCGGUAUUUUCUAUUCCUAUUUAUUGGGGACCGGCAAAUUGUCUAUACACAAGGCGCAGGUACAAUCUGGAAUUUACGCUAGCGCGAUGGGACAGUACAGUUUAAAAUUGGCAGCUGUUUAGAUAUGUGUCGAUAAGUUUGGAGAGGAUCGAAUCUCGUUUUUAACCUCAAAUAAUAGUUAAUUUCACUUAUAGCAAAAAACGAAAAACCCCUUUUCGCAAUGUCUAGGAAGAGGACCAGAAGCAGAUCAGAAGACACGUCUCCUCCUCAAUCAACCUACAAUAUGUCGCUUUGCCGGGAGGCCCCAUUCAGCGAUGAACCCGAAGCCAUCCGAAACAGAGAAAUGUGUGAUUACACCAAAAAAAUAACCAUCGAAAUGGCGAGGAGCGGUAACGUGCCCAGGCCCAUUCGGAUAUACGCCGAUGGUAUCUACGAUCUCUUCCAUCAGGGUCACGCUAGGCAGUUGCUGCAAGCGAAAAAUUUAUUCCCCAACGUCUAUCUCAUCGUUGGAAUAUGCAGCGACAAGCUGACGCACAGCAAGAAGGGCAGGACGGUGAUGAGCGAAUAUGAAAGAUACGAAGCGGUCCGACAUUGUAGAUACGUGGACGAGAUAGUCAGGGACGCGCCCUGGGAGGUGGACGAGGUCUUCGUGGCCAAGCACAAGAUCGACUUCAUAGCCCAUGACGACAUCCCUUACGGUACCGACGACAGCAAUGACAUAUACGCGCCCUGGAAAGCGAAGGGUAUGUUUGUGGCCACCCAGAGGACGGAGGGCGUGUCGACGUCGGACGUGGUGGCGAGGAUAGUCAGGGAUUACGACAUAUACGUAAGGAGGAACCUCGCCAGGGGUUACACCGCCAAAGAACUGAACAUCUCCUACCUGAGCGAGAAAAAAAUCAGGUUGCAGAAUAAGAUGCACGAAUUGAAAGAUAAAGGACGUAAAGUAAUCGACACCAUUGGCGAACGCAAAGAUGACAUGAUAGCGAAAUGGGAGGAGAAAUCUAGAGAUUUCAUUGAAAGCUUUCUCCUUCUGUUUGGAAAAGAACGACUCACCUCCAUCUGGAACGAAUCAAAGGACAAAAUUAUGAACGCUCUGAGUCCGCCCAGUUCUCCCCCCGCAUCCCCCUCGUCCAGUAACGGCGACCUGGAGGCCUUGGACGACGAAACGCCACCAAGGAAAAACGCCAGAUAUGAAGCUGCCCGAAGUACAUCUAGUCUCAAUGAAUAUUACACCAACGAUUAUAGUGAUGAGGACGAUGAAUAUGUCACGCCCGCAGGAUCAGUGAAACAUUGAUUUUUGCGUUAUUUACAAGUUAAACUUACCAUGCGAGGUAUUCGACUGUUAAUGCAAUUGUUGUAUAUGUCUUAUGUUUUUAAAAUAUACAAAUUUAUUUAUUUAUUUUCAAUAUAAAUUAUUCAAACUGUUGGAGUAGUGAUUGGAACAAUGAAAAUUUAAACGUUGUUGAAUGUUAUACAUUUCGGGCAGAACUGAAUACCGAUGGUGAAUGAGGAAAGCUUGAUUCUUCUCUUGAAAAAAGUUCUUGUGAUAUUUUGUACGAAUGUUAUUUUUCUGAUUGUGAGUGUGAGAAAAGUUGGUAGAAGUCUAAUUAUGAUAGUGCCUUGAAUAGGAUUUUUCAUUUUUUAUAUUUAUUAGGUUGUCAGCUAUUUUGAAAAUGACAUCAACAUCACGAAUUCUGCAACAGAACAAAAAUCUUUGUUGAAAUGCCUCAUGAGAAAUUCUGAAAUUUUUUCAAGGCUAUGCAUUAAUGGCGAUAUGUGCUUAUUUUUUGGUCAAAAUUUGUAUAAAAUAUUCUUCUAUCAAACUGACGUAGAAGAAUACACUGUGAACCAAUAAAAGAUGUCAAUGAAUUUAUUAUCAAGAAUAAUCAAGUUUUCUUUUUUGAUUGAGUAUUUCUAUUUUGAUCUACCAAUCAACCAUAUUAAUGAUAAAUAUUCCUUAUUUAGGUGGCGCAUAUGAUAAUAUGUUUUAGGAGGAAAGAUUAAGAUGCUCAAUUUUAACAAACCAAUUGAUAUUAAUUAUGUGAAUUAAUUCACCAUUUUUCAUUAUCAAGAAAUAUGAUGUAACAAGCACAUUGGAGUCGAUUUGCUUUCAAACUUCCAACAAAGUUAAUUGGUCUGACAUUUGACAUUCCAUAUGCACCUACCUAAUGGAUGUUGGGAGUUGUUAAAUUUUCUACUGAACACCAAACUUGACGUGUGGAGAUAAUGUGCCAAUCGAUAAUUAACUUCAGAAGAUAUUCACCGAUUUUCGUAUUCAAUUUUCUAUACAGAGUUCAUAAGUACUUAUUAUAAACCUAGACUCCCAAUCUAUCCAAUUAGGAAAUUCUUCGAAAAUUGUAGGCAUUAAAAAACAGUAGUAAAUGUACUUCUAGAGUUUUGAAAGUUUCUGCGACAUUCGGUAUAAAAUAGAUUUGGAAAUUUACUGCAGUAGCUAUACACUAUAAUUUCGAUAAACUUUAAGGAUGGUUCUUUGUAUCUAAAUAUUUUAGAUUUCCUUGUUUUAUACCCUUCGUAUAUACCCUCAUUUAUACGUUCUUCUUUGCACAUUCUUUGAAGGGGUUCAACUUUGAGGUGCUGAAAACUACCUUUACAAAUGUAGUAAAUGGCAUGUGCACAUUUAGACUUGAAAAUGAAUGAAUUUUUGCCAAAAAAAACUUUAUAAGAUAUGAAUACAUAUUUGUUUAGAAAGUCAUUUUAAUAAAGAUUUUAUUGACA